CUCUAUGUCCUCCAUCUCCCCGAAUUGUGAUGAUGCAUGCCCUUCAUACACCACUCUUUUAUAUGGAUAGAGUGGCUAUCCUUCGUCACAUUUUUUUUCUAAUAUUAUCCGAAUACAAUUUUUGAUGCUUGUGAACUUUGAUUCUCAAAGAUAUUUGGGCCACCAUUUAAUAAUUUUACAAGUUUAAAUAUAAACAUAAUUUACUCUAAAAUGUAUAUGAAUAUAUGAACAUUUAUAUAUAAUUAAAAAAAAACAUUUUGAAGAACAUUAUUGUUAAGCAAAAUCUUUAAAAUAUUGAUUUCCUAAGUUUUGGAGAAGAAAAUUAAUAUUUUAUUAUUAUAUUAUUGUGUUACCCAAUCAAUGACAUUCACUGGCACAGUGGUUGCGGACUUGCGGUUGUGGACUCCGUGCACCUCACCGGCGUCAUCUUCUUCUUCCUUCUUCUCUCGAUACAAACAGGAUUAGGAAGAGACUGAGAAUUUGUGGAGCUGGUUUACAAUAUCUGUGUUCAUCUAUUAAAAAUGGCUUGCCAAAUAGGAUCUAUGUGGAGGUUAUCAAUUACAGAGAAUGGAUGCAUAGAAAAAUCGUGUAUGGCCCUCGCCAAUUCUAGAGCACACUGCUGUCGCUGCGAGCCGAGUUGUGGUAUUUUAGGUCUAAAACUUGGCCUAAAGUCAGCGCCAUUUCACCAGAGCUGUUUCCUUGGAAGAAGAGCUGGCUGGAAAAUAGCUUUUGCCUUGAACACAGGUGGAGUGCCUGGUGAUGGUGAUCAACAAGGCCUCGAUGAUUCCAGUUCCGGUUUCAGUGGUACUCGAUUGAGUAGGAUACUGAGUGCAGGUGGUAGACAACUUCUAGAAAAGCUAAACUCAGCUAGAAAGAACCUCCCCAUGAAAGUAUUCUUGCUACUUCUAGGUUUCUACACAGCAAAUGCUCUUGCUACAAUCCUUGGACAAACCGGUGAUUGGGAUGUUCUGGUUGCCGGUGUUGUGGUGGCUGCGAUCGAGGGAAUUGGUAUGCUGAUGUAUAAAAAGCCGCCUAGUGUGAGGACAGGGAGGUUUCAGUCUUUUCUUAUGAUGAUGAAUUUCUGGAAGGCUGGCAUAUGUUUGGGCCUCUUUGUGGAUGCUUUCAAGUUAGGCAGCUAAGGAUACCCAAGGCCUAUCCCCGUUGUUGUAUCAUGGCCCUUACGCAAUAUCUUCUGGUAUGAAAUUUUAUAAUUCAAUUCCCUGUGUACUGAUUGGAAACUAGGAUAGGUAAGAGAAAUUAUCGCUGAAAUGAACUGAGCAAUCUAGGAAAAGUUGGUUAAUCACAUCCUCAAUAUCAUAAUGAUCACAUUAUGUAGACUGAGCAAUCUAGGAGAAGUUGGUUAAUCACAUCCUCAAUAUCAUAAUGAUCACAUUAUGUAGUUGUACAAUUUUUGGAACUAAGUUAUCAUGUUAAUAAGGCUAAACUGUUACUAUAACUUUUCAAUGAUUAAAUGAACCCAAAUAAGAAAGCUAGUAAUUUGCAAGAUUCAGUUUGGUGAAUAAGACUUAUGAAUUAGAUGCUUUCAUUGCAUCUCUGGUUUUCUUGAAAGGAAAAUUGUAAUGUGCAGCACAAUUCAUCUUUGCUAUGAUCUUAUUAAAGUAUUAUAUAUCACAAAUUACAUAUUUAGUUAAUAAUGCCGAAAGA